AUGUCUGUGGAGGAGAAGCCUGAGGCCCCCAUGUAUGUGUAUGAGUCGACAGUUCAUUGUGCCAAUAUCCUCCUGUGCCUGAAUGACCAGCGGAUACAGGAUAUCCUGUGCGACGUGACUGUCCUGGUGGAGGGGAAAGAGAUCCGCGCCCAUAAGGCCGUGCUGGCAGCCUCCAGCCAGUACUUCUUACAGGUGCUGAUGGGCCACACAGAGCAUGAACUGGUCAUCACUUUACCAGAGAGGAUCACCACCCGAGGUUUUGCCCCAUUAUUGCAGUUUGCCUACACCGCAAAACUGCUGCUCAGCAGAGAGAACAUCCAGGAGGUGAUGUGUUGUGCAGAGUUCCUGGGCAUGCGUAACCUAGAGGAUUCCUGUUUCCGUUUCCUGGAGGCUCAGAUGUACAGUGAGGCCAAAGAAGUGCUAAUGUGUCAGAAGCUUCCAUCAGACCCACUAGGACUAAACCAUAUGAAGCCUGAAGAUGAAGAUUCAUCCAAAGCCACUUUGUCCCAGGCAGGACAGGAAUCCAGUGCCCAUAGUCCCCUUCAGGAAAGGAAUGGAUCUGCAAGUACUGACAACCUCAGCUACACUCAGGCGAACAAACACAACGGUUCUGAACCUCCUCAAUGUCCAAAAUACAGAAAGUACCAGCAGGCAUGUUCUAAAUACAGUGUUACCACCUCCACACACAGCUGUAGCACCAGUUUACCAAACUCACUGAAUGACAUUGUUACCAGUGGCUGUGACGAGGGCCUGGGUCUCUCAAGGAUUAAAACUGACCAAGGCACAGAGGAGAGCCUGUCUUUGAGAUUGACGGAAGUUGAACAGGAUGACCUAAGAAGAGAUGGGGGCCUGAAGAUGGAUAUGGAGAUAGAUCACAGACCACUUUGUUCAACGCCUGUGGAGCACAAAAUGAGUAUAAGCUCACAAGCAUGUCUGCGCUCGCUCAUCAAGAACAGUAGUGCACUUUCCCAUUUGUCACAUUCCUCAAAUCAUACAUUGCCCAGCACAAUUUCUCAUUCUCAAGAUAAGUGUGUUGCUCAAGAUGAUUAUCAGACACACAAUCCUAUAAAAGGAGGGCUUAAUUUGAGCUCUGUCAAGCAGACCGAUACGCUCUCAGCUGAACUAUCUUUGAAAUCCCUAACCUAUGACACAAUCUCCAAGCAGGAACUGGAUCGUCGCAAUGUCAUCCUUUCCUCAGGGCUUACUGACCAACUGGCGCUACCAGCAUAUUCCUAUCCUGUAAAGAGAUUUGUGAAACAGGAAACACCAAAGGGCCAGUGGGCAGGCUCCGGCCAAUCCCAUCCGUGUUCUCAGAACAUGUCCGAUUCUUUUCCUCAGGGGCCACUUCUUUCAGGCCAUCUAAGGCCCAAACGUAGCUGCCCAGUGCCAAUCAAAGUGUGUCCCCGAUCCCCGCACCCCAAGGACCGCAUUAGAACUUCCAGCUCCUGCUCCUCCUACUCUUACACUGAAGAUGGCCAUCAAGACUCACCUGUCAGCCCAGCCCAGUUUGAGUUCUCCAUCUCUCCUUGCUCCAACAUGACACAUUGCUUGGAGCAGCAGGAACAUGUAAUGGUGGAAGAUGCCAUUAUGAGCCAGGUACCACCCAAGAUUAAGUGUGAGAAGUCCUAUGACACUAAUUCCAGCGAUGAAUCUGGCUCAUUCUCGGAGGGCGACAGUGAAUCAGGCCACGCUAAAGAUCACAACCUGGAGGUUAAACUUCCUUUCCCUGUUGAGCAAAUCACAGACCUUCCUCGCAAUGACUUUCAGUUGAUGAUGAAGAUGUACAGACUAACCUCAGAACAGCUGGAGUUCAUUCAUAAUGUUCGCCGGCGGAGUAAGAAUCGUGUUGCAGCCCAGCGCUGUCGCAAAAGAAAAUUGGAAUGCAUCCAGAACCUUGAGUGUGAGAUCCACAAACUGGUUUGUGAGAAACAAAAGCUUUUAAGUGAGCGGAAUCAGCUGAAGGCCUGUAUGGUUGAAAUGUGGGAGAGAUUCUCCUUCCUUUCCCAGGAGGUAUGUCGGGAUGAGCAGCUGAGCCCAGAGCAGGUCUGUUCCCUUACCCAUUCACAGCCACUCCUUCUCAGCUCCACCCGCACAGAUCUCACCCUCACUCCAGAGGGGAAUAACAUUAGAUCCCCCAGCCCCUCAGAAAGCCAGGCUGCAGCUCUACGAGAUCACCAUAGCAACAGAACAGAGGGAAGUCCUGAGCUGGGGCAUGACUCAAGAUCUGCCCUAGAUACAAGUCCCUCACUUGAAAAGUGGAGAAAUUCAGUAACAGUUGAUUUUUGUCAAGAAAUGAUUGUAAAGUGUACAACAGAUGGAUAG